UUCAGAUUCCGCCGGACGUUAGUAAAUGUCAGACCCCGCCUCUUAAAACGAAGCAAAACAAUCCCUCGGUUUGUUGUUGUUGUCUACUCGCUUUUUUUUUUAGAGCUUAUUAGAGCUUAUAAGGGCUCAUGAGAGUCUGUGUCGGUAUGACAGUAACCAGGUUGUCUUGUUGGAGGACACUGGCCUUAUUUUCGAGAGGACACUGUAUGUACACACAGGGUCAAAGUCCUGAGCCGCGUAUUCGUGAGUAUUUCUACUACCUGGACCAUCAAGGACAGCUCUUCCUGGAUGACACCAAGGUGAAGAACUUUGUCACUUGUUUUAAAGAUCAACAAUUUCUGGUUUUCUUCUUCAAGCAUUUGAAAGCGAACCACAGUAACCGCUACCAGCAGCACUUCCCCUUCGUCUCAUUGUGCGGACGUGAGAGGAAUUUCCUUCGCUGCGACGAUCAGCCAGUCGUAUUUACUAAUUUGUUGCCCGAGACGGGUCAAGGAGCACGUCUGUCCUAUUGUGGAGGCGGGACAAAACUGAACGUUGCAUUCCAACCUAGCUCUUUGUUCAUGAACCCAGACAGUGGCAGAGUGUACCAUCCCGCUCCCGAGCAACUGGGGGGGAUCGGAUUGGUACGCUCUGCACUGGCCAUCGAGUUCAGCCCGCACUUUCACUACUCUGCAGGUCAAGACUCCUCUGCUCAGCCUACCCAUUUCCAGUGGGCGGGGCAGCGGCACAGACUGACCAAUGAGCUUUUCAGGCACUUCGCACUGAAAUAAUAGGCCUUGUUAGGACUCCUAAUACUUACCUUAAACACCAUAAGCUUAAGGAUCCAUUCUUGUUACCAUGUAUAUUAUGACUAUGUAGAUAUUCUUGUGCACAUUUAAUCAUAAUAGGUAUUGUUUUAUAGGUUUCUCAGUGACGUUAAUUUAUUGUACGUUUCUCAGGCUAUUUUCAUUAAUUUUGCAGCCAUGCAACUUGAGAAUGUACUUAACCACUGAACUACCACCUCCCCAUGCUCUCUCAAAACAUCUGAACAAUCCUCCCACAACAGUUCGCCCUGAUCACCUCCUUUCCCACCAGUUCCCGGUGCCUGGAAGGUCAUUACAUCUCACCCCUUUCACAAAGACCUCCUGAAGUCUCGGGGUCCAAACCUUCCAAACACACCCCCACAUACACAACUUGUCCCAGAAUGCCCCUCCCUCCAGAGGUAACUUAAUCAUGCAGCACAAAGAUAAACCCAAUUGGCACUCAGUAAGUGAUGGCUGAAAAUACCUAGCUAUCAGGUGUUUGAAAUAUGUGUAGUGAUCAUCUAGUGUCAAAUUUCUUGUCCGUUGAUCUAAGUUCGGAAUGUCCCCAAGGUCUCUAGCCUCCACUUUUGCUCGAUGAUUUGCUCGGAUUCUUUUUUUCAGCGCCUCCUCAGAGGAGACUGGGUGUGAAAUGUCUCAAAUUGCUGUAUUUUACACAUAGUGUAUGAAGUUCUAAUAAAGCUGCCCUUUUCUGUUUGCGUACAUUUUAA